AGAUGGCUGGCGGCAGCCGACCUGCGGCCGGAGGUGUACCGUCACCUGGCGGUGUAUGUACCCAGAAUCCUUUGCGUGGGGCCAAGUGGAGGCAGCAGCAGGGAGGAGCAGAGGGAGGAGCAGAGGGAGGAGCUGGCCUGUCAGCUGCUCCUCCUGGCCCCUCUGGAGUGGCUCCUGCUGGGGGAGGACCCAGCCAUCGGCCUGCCACUCCUGCAGGAGAACAACCAACCGUCACCGCUGUGUGGACACGUGUUCAAGGUGGGAGAGCCCACCUACUCCUGCAGGGAGUGUGCAGCUGAUCCGACCUGUGUUCUGUGCAUGCAGUGUUUCCUGGGCAGCAUUCACAAAGAGCAUCGAUACAGGGUGA